AUGGACGACAUUGCACCCGUGGAGCUCCUCAAGAGGCAGUAUCUGCAGCUUAUUGACCCGGAAGAACUUACGCUUCCUCUCAGAGAGUCUCUCAUAUUGCCAGAGACUCAGGCCCAGAUUUACAAUGAUCUGUUUGAUGAGUCCGGAAUUGCCUAUGCACCGCCUGAGCGUUACAAAUUUCGUGUCCUCAAAAGAGUUGUGAAAGCCCUAGAGGACGCAGUGGAGGAUCCGGAGGAAGAUGAGAUCUCAGAUGAUAUAUCGGGAUGUCUAGCUCGGUACAUGGGCCAGCCUUUGCCAUCCGCAAGCGCAGCAGCACAGCAGAAGAGCUACGUGACUUAUACAAUGCCCAUUCGUGGCCUAAAUGCUGCUCAAGUCACCCUGCUGGAAGCUCCAUCGUUACUGGCUUCUUCUGGAACGACCGGCUUCCGUACCUGGGAAGCAGCACUUUUUCUAGCAGCCUAUCUGUCUUCUUCAGAAGGAAACCAUCUUGUCACCGGCAAAGAUAUUCUUGAGCUUGGCUCUGGUACAGGCUUCCUGUCUAUUCUCUGCGCGAAACAUCUUGGCGCUCAGCGUGUACUGGCUACGGAUGGUAGUCAAGAGGUCAUUAGCGAUCUCAAGUCGAACAUACACUUGAAUGAAUUAGAAGGUAAAGAAUUAAUCCAGACAGCUGUCCUGCAAUGGGGUCACGCUCUCAUCGGUGGAGUUGCCGAUUGUCGCGAGGAGAAACGCUCCUACGAUCUGGUCCUCGGAGCUGAUGUGACAUAUGACCUCAAAUCCAUUCCUUCAUUGAUCGCGACUAUGAGAGACAUCUUCGAACUAUACUCCAACAUCAGGACUUUGAUCUCCGCCACAGUUCGAAAUGAGCAAACCUUUGACGCGUUCACGACAGCAUGUGACCUGAAUGGCUUCACGCUUGAGCAACUCAGUGUACCUAUGCCCGAGAAAGAAAAUCAGAUGGGGUUCUUUGUUCCUACAACCACCGCCAUCAAGAUAUUGUUGGUUACGAAAGAAGGGCCAACAAAGGACCCUUUUGCGCUGUAA